AUGAAUAUUUGUAUAAAUGUAUGUACAUUUCUUGUUGCAGUUGUAUUUUUUAUUUAUGCUAUAGACGUUCAAGAUGAUAAAAAGAGUAGUCUUGAAGAACUUUUGGUGGAAAAUUGGGCUGAAACAUUUGGCAAAGAAUUAUGGUAUCUGGGACAAAAUAUAACUAAAUCUGAUGAAAUUCGAUUGCGUUACAAAAAAUUGAAUGAAACACAUGUGUUUAGAACAAAUGCCAGUCAACUUUUACAAAACAUAUCAACAGCAAUGAAUCGUAUGAUAAGAUUAAAAAUGACAGCUGUAUCUUGUCUUAUGGAUGCAGCAGAACGUUUAUCUGAAGAAUUUGAAUGGAAAUUCUACGGAGAAAAAGAGAUUUCGAACUAUACUUAUUUUAAUGCUAAGUAUUCACCGGUUGAAGGUAUUGAUGAUUCUGAUGAUACAGACCGAACUGCACCAAAUAUAUCUUUGGAUCUAGGGAAAACUAUUAUUCAGUUAGAAUUCAAAACAAUGAACCUGACAAAAAAUGAUCAUUUUUAUGGAUUAUCUGUUAAUACUGAUUACAGCGCAGUUUAUUUACCGACAAUAUUAUUUGAAAAACUUCAUCAUGUCCAAAUACCUUUACAAUGGUCGGAAAAAUUGGAUGAAGUGUUUUUACAAAAUUAUCGCAGUGAUCCAUCUCUUUCUUGGCAAUAUUUUGGAAGUACAGCUGGAUUUAUGCGUCAUUACCCUGCUAUAAGAUGGUCAGCUAAACCUAGUGUAUUUGACACCCGCCUGCGACCAUGGUACAUUCAAGCUGCAACUUGUUCAAAGGAUGUAGUGAUUUUAUUAGAUAUUUCCGGUUCCAUGAAUGGCAUGCAUCAAUCAAUUUCUCAGCUUGUAAUUAAAUCUUUAUUGAAAACAUUCAAUAAUGAUGAUUCGAUUAAUAUUAUUUUUUUUAAUACUGUUUUUACUUACUUGGUAACUUGCUUUAAGGAAAUAUUAGUUCAGGCUACUCCUGAAAAUCUUUACACAUUUCAUAAAGCUAUAAUUGAAGAUCCAAGAUUAUUACCAUCUUCGACAGCAAACUAUAGCAAAGCAUUUAUUGAAGCUUUUCAACUUUUAUCCAAUAACAGAAACAAUAAUAGGUGUUCUGAGGAAACAUGUAAUCAAAUGAUUAUGUUGAUCACGGAUGAUGAUCCUAAUGAAGAACUUUUUGAUGUUGUACAAAAGUACAAUCGCAUUGAUGAUAAUAAAUUUACAAAUAUACCAGUCCGCAUAUUCACCUAUAUGAUGGGUCGUGAUAUUACUACAACACCUGAACUUGAGCGACUUGCUUGUGAAAAUAGAGGCAGCUUUGCACAUGUGCAUUCAAAAGAUGAAGUACUUGAAAGUGUACUGAAAUACAUUGCUGUUUUGGCAAGACCUCUAGUGUUACAAGCUGAAAAACAUCCCGUUACAUGGUCGCAUACAUUUAUGGAUAUUUCUAGUUUAGAUGAGGAUGGAAAUUAUCAAGAAUAUCGACCAAUGACUGCUAUUUCCAUACCGAUAUUUAAUAAAAAAAGGGAAGAAAAUAAGAAUGGAGUUAAAGGAGAUUUACUCGGUGUUGCUGGAACUGAUGUACCAAUUGCUGAGUUUGAAAAAUUAACAUUGCCAUACAAAAUUGGUGUAAAUGGCUAUGCAUUUGUUGUUACAAAUAAUGGAUAUGUGCUUUUUCAUCCUAAAUUAAGACCUGUUGAAGAUGGUAUUCUUAAAGAUAAUCAUAAUAGUAUUGAUCUAACCGAACUAGAAAUGUUGGAUGAUAAUGAUGAAGAUCCAAGACAGCCACAUCAAGAUAUAAUUCAAUUACGAGAAGCAAUUGUAAAUCACAAACGUGGAUCCAUGGAAAAUUUAAGCAUUAAGUUUCACUAUGACAAUAUGAGACGAGUUGGGUCUGAAGUUCGUAAUUAUCAUUAUACUGCGUUAGAUCCAAAAAUAGAAGGGCCUUUUACACUUGGUUUAGUGUUACCUGCAUCUUAUGGUAACAAUUGGAUUAAAGCUGGUGAUGAAAUUAAUAAAUCAAUAGAAAAAGAUGAACCGUUUGAUAAAUAUUUUCAAGAUAAAUGGAAAAUCCAUCCAAACUGGGUGUAUUGUGAUUAUUUUCAUUCAUCAGAACGAAAAUUUGAAAAUCCUGAAGAUAAAUUGCUUCAUUUUAUGGAAAAAAUAUUUUCUCCUAAUUGGGAAUGGAGAGAGCAAUAUCCAGCUUCAAAUUUUGAAAAUAUUUCAAUGGAUGAUUUCGAUAGACGAGAAUGUGACAGAAAACCUAUAGACAUAGAUGAAUUCUAUUGCGAUAAAGAAUUAAUGCAACUAUUAUUUUUUGAUGCAAAAAUAACACAUGCGUUAUAUAAUUCAACUUGGAAUCCUACAUCAGAAUUUGAGAAACAUUAUGUAAAUCAAUAUAAUGUUAGUGUCAGAUUUUUGGCAACUCAAGGAGGGUUAAGUAGAUGGCAACAUAUACUGGAUCUGGCUGAAGGUGAAUUACAGUUUGGAGAUGUUCAUAACCGUUCGGUUGAGGAAGUUUGGUAUAAACGUCCAGUAUUAUAUCGUAAUCUUAACCCACAAGCAUUUGUUUUUUCAGUGCCUUUUAAUUCUGGAGACAAUGAUAAACUAAAAAUCACUGCCAGUCAUGCUAUAUUUGUUGAGGACGAAAAUAAUGAAGCACCGGGAUCAGUAGUUGGAUAUGAAAUGUUACACAAGAAGUUUUAUGAUCGCUUUAUGGAAAUCACACAAACCAAUGAAAAUUGUCCAAGUUGUUUACCAUGCACAUCUGACCAUGUUGAUUGUUAUAUAAUUGAUGAAAAUGGAUAUGUUGUACUAUCAGAAAUAUCAGCAGAUACUGGCAGAUUUUUUGCACAAACAGAAUUGAAGAGUACUGGAGUUAUUAUGGAAACAAUGAUAUCAAAAAAAAUAUUUAGACGUAUACCUAUGUUUGAUUAUCAAGCUUUGUGCAAAGAGAGAAUACCAGCCUCAAGUGCAUCUUCCUACUUAUUAACACCAUUUUAUAUAGUGUUUACGAGUUUAAAAAUGUUCUUGAUGAAUUUACUUUGGUUAUUAAUUGAAGGCAACUUCAUCCAUGUAUGGUCAAUUAAUGAAGGGUAUGUAGAAGAUGCGAUCUCCAAUAAAAAUUCAGAAAAAUAUAAAAUUAUCAAUAAACCCUGCGAUAAAAAAGCCGAUUUGUUUAUGCUGCAACAUGAACACCUUAGUGCUGAAGGAUUUGAUGCUCCACCACCAGCUGGUUCAACUAUAAGGCCAUUUUUCGUAAAACGUAUAGCUCAUUCAAACUUACUUCUCGUUGUUGUGAAGAAUGCAGAAAGCAGUCAGAGUCAUUUGAGUGUUAACCCAGUUAAAGUGGAGUAUAAAAAUACAUCAGGUAUAAUUACAGAUCAUAGUUGUAACAAACUGAAUCUCAACUCUUUUUAUAGACGGAAACUGGGAGGAUGUUAUAAUAGUCAUCCAGAGGAGCCAAACACCAAAGUGUGUUCAAAAUGUAAUAUUAUCAAAUCAACAAUAAUGUCUGUAAUGAUAAUGAGCAAUUUAUGUUUACAUAUUUAAAUUGAAUUACAUUUUAACAACAAACUGCAAUUCAUUAAUAAAAAAAAAAAAAUAUAUAUAUUAUUAAUGUACUUAC